UCUAUAUAAGCGGCGCGGGCGGCGGCGGCGCGGUGCUGGCGCGGGCUCCGGCGGGACGCGGCGGCGGUUUCGCAGAGCGGGCGGGAGGAUGGAGAUGAAGAAGCGGCUCACGUUGGAGCUGCGGAACAAGAAGCCGGGAGAGGUGAAGGAGCUGGUUCUUGAUAACUGCCGUUCAGAUGAUGGGAAGAUCGUUGGGCUCUCCUCAGAUUUUGAGAACCUGGAGUUCCUCAGCAUGAUCAACAUCAACUUGCUGUCUGUCUCCAAUCUCCCCAAGCUUAACAAACUCCGCAAGCUGGAGCUGAGUGAUAACAGGAUUUCUGGUGGCCUUGAAGUUCUAGCAGAGAGAACUCCUAACCUGACACACUUGAAUCUAAGUGGCAACAAGAUCAAAGACAUCAAUACCCUGGAGCCCUUGAAAAAGUUGCCGAACCUGCAUAGUCUGGACCUCUUCAAUUGUGAGGUGACAAUGCUGAUCAACUACCGAGAGAGCGUGUUCACCCUCCUGCCCCAGCUCACCUACCUAGAUGGGUUUGAUGCUGAUGACCAGGAAGCCCCUGAUUCAGACCCUGAAGCAGAUGGGGAUGGAUUAGAAGAUGAAUAUGAGAAUGGGGAAGAAGGUGAGGAAGAAGAUGAUGAUGAGGAGGAAGAUGAUUUGGAUGAAGAAGUUAUUGAUGAUGAGGAAGAUGAAGAUGAUGAUCUGGAAGGUGAAGAGGAGGAAGAUGGAGUAGAUGAUGAGGACGAAGAUGAGGAGGAAGAUGGUGAGGAAGAUGAAGAGGAUGAAGCCGAUGAUGACCUUCCGCGAGGAGAAAAGAGAAAACGAAAUCUAGAGGAUGAAGGAGAAGAAGAUCCAGAAGACGAAGAGGAUGAUGAGGAUGACUGAUCCCAGCGAGCCAAUCAGUUUUACAGACUAUGACUGUGCUUGUCUUAACCUCCCCGUUGUGUCUAUGUGAGACUGUAAAUCCCCAUCUCCCAGUCCUCCCCCCUUUGUAUGGCUGCAGCGUCCACAAUAUAUUUUUUUAAGAUGUAGAAUACUGUAGGCAUUCAGGGGAAUCUUCCAUACAAGGCUCAUUCUCACAAGUAUCUCAUGACCAAAGGCUUUCUCCGUUCUGUGGUUUGUGCAGCAGUUUGCAAAAAAAAAAAAAAAAAAAAAAAAAAAAUUCCUCCUAGGGUAUCUUUCGUGUCUGAAAUCAGCCUUGCCACACACUGGACCCAGAGCUCCAGCUCGCCACCCUGCUUGACAACCAAGAAGGCGUGUUUGCUUUCCGCAUGCCCUCAGACCAGCUUUCUGAAGACGUUUGAGCCAUCUUGAGCAGUGGGUGCAAAUCUGGUUCAUCUAAAUGGACUCAAAGUAAAUGAUUACUGAGGUCUCUGUGAUCAAAAAUAAUGGUGAUGUGAUCUCUGGAGAUGCUUGAAGAUACUUUAGUGCUGGGGAUGUGGGGUGCCUGGGUUUAUUGGGGAGGGUGGCUGGCUGCUUGCAAGACCUGGUACCUCUGAUGCACCUUGCAGUAGCCCUGCACUUGCUUUCCUAUUUUUUAUAAACUGGAAUAUUUUUCCCAUUGGCCACUGAAUAUCUCUGACCUGGACAUUCAAGUAAGUCUGCUUUGUGGCUGUUAGUGUCUUGCUGUGAUGAGGCUUUUCCUCACCCUGUAACAGUUUUUCUUUAGGAAGAGAUAGGAAAUAGCAAGUUAAGGGAUACUGCACUUCUGUCAAACUCCAUUUCGCACUGUACAGAACACAUUCAACCAGUAUCACUGUGAUGCACCUAACUCGGCAUUCCCCGGGAGACCGUGUUAGCCUAUAUAUUCUCAGGGUCCUUCUGCUAGCCAGUAACAGCUCUGGACAGUUGCCUCAGUGCUAGCCUGAUGUAUGCAUCCUCCUUUUUCCUUUUCAGUGUGAAGAGAAGUGCAUUGAUCAGAAAUCCAGCUCUUUCCCAUUCAUACUAUUUAUGCACUACAGGAAUGCAGACAGUGCUGUGGAGCAUGUGUCCCUCUGGUCCAUGUUUUCCAGAACAGGGAGGGGGGGAGAAUCCAGCCAGGUUGUAGCUCUCCACCAUAGGGUUUCUGACCUCUAGCUCUUCCUUCCUCUGCCUUGAGGCGUUUGGACGGCACAUUUGUUAGCUUCUGGAGAGAACUCUGGCCCUGUGGCAUCCAGGGAUAGUAACUGUUCAGUAUUGGGUGCCUGAAGAUGCAUGCUCAGGCAGGAAUAACUCCAGUUCCACCUGGGUAUGUAGAGACAGUGUUGAGGCUCUCCACUGGUGCAGAUGCACUGGCACUUUGUGGAGUUCCUGGUUGCUCUGGGCAAUCUUUCAGCACCCAGCACUUGAAGGUGAGCUUCACAGCAGUUCCUUCAGAGGAGUGUUGUGUGUUGCAGCACAUCUAAGUUUCUGUUGCUUUGUUCUGUUCUUGCUGUUGUCUCUUGCAUUGUACAGUAGCUAUAACCAUUCAGAGAACUACUCCUGUAAAAUGCAAACUGAGUAACUUAUAAAAUGUUAAAGGAAUUUAAAAAAGAAAUUUCAGAGCAGCAGUUACUUCUAAUUUUUCCCUGCAUUUUUAGCAGAUUGUAUGGAUUUUAUAUUAGCCUAGUAACUGUCAGGUUUUGAUUGGUCAGACUAGUCCCAGAAAUAAGGAUCUCCAGCCCUUUUGUAUCUUUUGUUACAAAAUUUGGAUAAAACUUUUAAUAAAGACUUCAGUUUUUAAAAAUC